GUGGCGUUGUUUAGUUGUUUCGUCUGUAUGGGUAGUAUUGUAGCGGAGCAAAACUUGAUGGUCUCAAACUCUGUGGUGUUGUUUGUCUUGUCGGGUGUUGCAUGACUUGUUUCGUGAAAAUAACACAAGGCUGUGUGUUCGUCGCUGUGAUGUUCACCUCACCUGUCCGAUCAUAGCGUGACGUUCCACGUUCACAGCGUUCACCCUCCCCAGCUGCCGCUAAACAUAGCAAAAUUAAUAUUAUUGCUUCAGAGUGACAUUGUGAAGUAAUCCGGCUUCGCCUGUAAAGAUGUCCAGAACCCAUAGCCGAGCUAAGUCAGCUUUUGCUCGCAUGCCCGCUCACCAGGACGCCGAUCGGCAGCAGUCGAAUGAGUUCCCUCGGCCAGCUCAUGCGGGCCUGCCACCAAAGCUCGGCCUGCGAAGGAAUAUGCUGGGCAGCACCGCCGAUGCAGCCAAUGACCAAGAUUAUUUCUAUUGCAAGACUAGGUACGACCAGGAUUUCGCCGGCGCUAGCGAAGGAGUUGCUAACGUGUGCAGAGGCGUAGCGAGACCAACGUCACCAACACGAUUAAAUAAUCCACAUCCAUCACGAACAUUCAUGCGAUGGACGGGCAAUGAGGAUGAGAUGCUGAAAGACGGACCGACCCUGGCUGAAGUCAAGGCUGCCGUAGAGAGCGAUAAGAAGCCGUGGUUCCGCAAAGACUUCAAAGAAAUCAUCGGCCAGGAUAUACCUGAUGACAAAGUGCAGGAGUAUUUGCGCACGUUCACACGAGUGAAGUUACCUUACGACCAGCCGGAGAGCUCCAUGAUUGGCAUACACACACGCCUCAAGUCAGACCCUCCAGCCAAGCCAAAGAAGCUGGUGCCAAAGCGCUCCGGGAAGGACGCGCCCGUGGCUAAAACG